GCCAGUGUUGAACACAGUGUUAAGAACCAUGAGUAAAAUAGCCGUUGUCAAAUUGGAUGCGGGUAUAUUUCCUAAAAAAAAUUUAGCUGUAGUAUUACACGGUAAAAAUGAUUUACGCUUGGAAGAAUGGCCAUUACCAGAAAAACUUAAUCCAUACGAAGUGUUAUUGAAGUCGCAUAGUACCGGGAUUUGUGGAACGGAUCUUCAUCUAUGGCGUUCGGCACAGGUGGCCAGCUUUCAAUUGAGUCGUCCGUUCUGCUUGGGUCAUGAACCAUCAGCAGUGGUAAUGGAAUGUGGACCACAAGUAACUAAUUUGAAACCAGGCGAUCGGGUGGCUGUUGAACCGGCCAUUCCAUGUUUGAAAUGUGAAUUUUGUCGCAGUGGUCGAUAUAAUCUUUGUCCAAUAUCCAACAGACAAUCACAUGGUCUACCCAAUUCGGACGGAUCAUUGCGUCGAUAUUAUACCCAUCGGGCAGAUUUCUGUUUCAAAUUGCCGGAUUGUAUUUCGUUGGAAGAAGGUUCAUUGGUGGAAGCUUUGGCUGUUGUCAUACAUGCAUGUCGUCGGGUACAGGUACAGGUUGGCGAUUCCGUUUUGGUUUGUGGAGCCGGACCGGUAGGUGUAAUGGCAAUGUUGGCCGCAAAGGCAUUUGGCUGUCAUAAGGUUUGCAUUACCGAUGUGAAGCCAUCACGAUUAGAGAUGGCUAAGAAAAUGGGUGCCGAUCAUGUUUAUUGUGUUGAUACAACCAAAGCAAUGACCGAUAAACAAUUGGCCAGCGAAAUCAUCGAACUGAUAGGCCAACCAGUCGAUAUUUGUAUCGAAUGUUCCGGUUUUGAAUCCUCACAAUCGAUGGCCAUUUAUGCUACACGUCCAGGAGGACGCAUUGCUAUUGUUGGUCUGGGCGCACCAGCCAAUCGUGUGCCAUUGUCCACGGCAACAAUGAAGGAAAUCGAUUUGAUUGGAAUCUGUCGCAUCAAAGAUGAUUACCCAUUGGCCAUACGGUUGAUUGAGACUGGUCGAAUCAAUGUGAAGCCAUUGAUAACUCAUCGAUUUCAAAUCGAUAAAGCAUUGGAUGCAUUCAAAUUACUUCAAUCGGGCACCGAAUCGGUUAUGAAAGUAUUGAUUCAAUAUGAAGAUUAAUUUUAUUAUCAAAUUAGAAAAAUAUUCAUACAAAUAAAACUAUCAUUUUCCAUUCA